AUGGCCAAUCUUACGCUCCCCAAAGCCGAGCACCUCCGAAAGAAGCGCAAAGAAUGUGUCCCACCUACUGCUGCUAAAGCCAAGCUGGGCUCGCGAUUCCUGUAUGGUGACGCAACACUGAUGCUUCAUAUGUGCUACGACUGCCGUCGCUUGUCGAGGAAUACUAUUGUGGAGACGGUUGGUGAAACACACAAAAGAGUUGGUAUGUUGAGUGAUCUUGUGCAACGUCUGUGCCCACACACUGGAAUGUUUAGCAAAUUUUAUAAUUUUGAUAUCUAUAAUAUGAAUCGCACACCAGCACGUCAAGGUUUGGAGGAUGGUGAACCAGCACCAAAAAAACUGGCUCUAGAUCCCUCUUCUUCCCUCUAA